UAAUUUCUGAUUAUUUUUAGGGCUGCUACAUAACUGGUCUUUACAUAGAAGGCGCUCGAUGGGACUUAGAGCAAAUGCAACUAGAUCGUUCGCAUCCUAAAAUUCUAGUUGAAGAAUUACCAAUAUUGUCUGUAGUUCCUAUAGAGGCUCAUAGACUUAAACUACAAAACACAUUCCGUGCCCCAGUUUACAUGACAUCUCAAAGACGUAAUGCCAUGGGAGUUGGCCUUGUAUUUGAAGCUGAUCUUGUGACUUUCGAAGGACUUAAGCCAUUGGGUUCUACAAGGUGUUUGCUUGACGCUAAAUAAAGACUGAUUUUAUUAUUUUCUAAAUAAAAUAUUAUUCUAAUGCAAUUUAUAAACUAUGGCGACCAAUAAAUAAAGAACUUCUUUCAAUAUGUGUUUUUACAUAAAAGAAAUUAUUCAUUAUGUCUUGGAAUUAUUUCUUGCAUAUUUUAAAUGAAAAUAAAUUUAAUUCGAAGAAUUAAAAUAUAUGUUAUGAAUAUUUAAGCGAAUAAAUCUUUUUAUGAUACUUUUUA